UGUGUGUGUGUGUGUGUGUGUGUGUGUGUGUGUGUUUCUCAGUCUGAUGUAUAAGUACGAGACUCUGGGCUGUGUGUGUGUGUGUGUGUGUGUGUGUGUGUGUGUGUGUGUGUGUUUCUCAGUCUGAUGUAUAAGUACGAGACUCUGGGCUGUGUGUGUGUGUGUGUGUGUGUGUGUGUGUUUCUCAGUCUGAUGUAUAAGUACGAGACUCUGGGCUGUGUGGGCUCCGGUAGUUAUGGGACGGUUCUGAAGUGUCGGCACCGGGACAGCGGCAGAACCGUCGCCGUGAAGAAGCUUGUGGAGGAAGAUGAUGGCGUGAGGAAGAUUGUUCAGAGGGAGAUCCGACUGCUGAAGCAACUGCGGCAUGAGAAUCUGGUGAAUCUGCUGGAGGUGUGGAAGCGCAAGCGUCGCUGGUAUCUGGUGUUUGAGUUUGUGGACCGGACGGUUCUGGACGAGCUUGAGCAGUUCCCGUCGGGACUGGAUCCGCUCAGAGUCCGGAAACACCUCUAUCAGAUCCUGAGGGCCGUUUCCUUCUGCCACCAGCACAACAUCAUUCACAGGGAUGUGAAGCCCGAGAACGUUCUGGUCUCUCAGCUCGGCGUGGUCAAGCUCUGUGACUUCGGUUUCGCUCGGACCAUGGCGGCCGCUCCUGGCGAGGUUUACACCGACUACGUGGCGACGCGCUGGUAUCGAGCGCCUGAGCUGCUGGUGGGAGACACCGGAUAUGGGAAGGCGGUGGACGUGUGGGCCGUCGGGUGUCUGUUCUUCGAGAUGUUAACGGGUGAACCUCUGUUCCCGGGCGACUCUGACAUUGACCAGCUGCAUCUGGUCAUCAGUUGUUUCGGUCACCUGACCCCUCGUCACCACGAGGUCUUCUACAGGAACCCGGUGUUCAUGGGAGUUUCUCUUCCAGAGCCGGCGGAGAGAAGCCCGCUGGAGAGCCGCUCACUCAAACUGUCUGGACUGACUCUGGACCUCGCUCAGAGAUGUUUGCAGAUGGAUCCAGAUAAACGCUCUCAGUGUGCAGACCUGCUGCUGCAUCCGUGCUUCCACCUGCGCUUUCAGCAAGAACUGGCCAGUAAGACACACAAGGACCUGAAGGAAAACAGCAGAGGCACUAAAAGCUCCAGGAGAGAGAAGGAGAAGCUGGAGAAGCUGGAGAUCCUGAGAUCGGCUCCUGACACCGUACAGGACUCAAACCUGCGGUUCAGUGAGUUCAGGCCGUCUGAUGGCGAGGACAGUGACAUCACCGCCAGGCUCCGCCCAGACGACACAGAGCCAAUCAGUGAGCCUGUGUGUCAAGCAGGAAUCCCGCCCAUCUCCACUGAUUCGCCGGCCACACACAGCCUCAGGUCGUUUGAUAAGAUGAAGAAGCAAAUGAACGUGUUUCCACGGCCGUCACAGCAGAACCUCUCCAUUCAGCUCAACGCACAGGGGUCCACAGAGGUACGUCCAAAUGAUGCCUGCAGAUACCCACUGAAGAUUGAGAUCCAGAAGAGAUCCACCUCCAUCGAUCUGAUCCUGAUUCAGUCCGAUAUAAAGCCCUCCUCACCAAUGAAACCUCAGCAGAACCUCAUCCUCUGAACACGCUCGCUCUUCAGCUCGUCCAUAAACCCAGCUCCUCACCGACUACAGCUACAACCCCAAAGACAUUAUUAAAGAAACUGACAAAACUCUGAAAGACACUCAUGAUGAAUCUCUAAAAAUACACUUUAAACUCCAAUGCUACUCAACCCUAAACAGAACCACUACAUUUGCCAAUUAUUUAUUGAUCAAACCAUUCAAAGAAAGACGAAUCCUCUCCAAAUACAGAUGAAGUAACCAUGAUUUAGAAACAGAGAGAGAAGACACAGACAAACAUGGACAGAGCGAGAGCAGAGGAUCUGUAGACACUGUGAUCUACAGCAGAUAGAGAACGAGAAACACUUUCUGCUGAUGUGUCCUAAAUAUCACAAUGUGAGGGAAACAUUUCUCCCCAGAUUUGAAGCAUUGAUUCCAUCAUUUACUGAACUUAGUGAUACUGAGAACAUGCCCUUCUUACUUGGAGAAGAUGAUAACAGCUGCACUCGCUGCUAAAUAUGUAUUAACCAUUCACAAUGUUAGAUGUUAAACAUGAUUAACUCUAAACUGACUUACUUUAUCUUUUCAUUUAUUUAGAUGGAUUUUAUUUAUUUGUUAUCGUUGUUGUUUUUGUUAUAUAUAUAUAUAUAUAUAUAUAUAUAUAUUAAGUGACACGUUAUGUAUAUAUAUGUUAAUACGGGAGUUUCGCUCGUUCAUUCUCGUGAGUGUUUACAUUCCACUGCAAGCGCACGUGAGCUCAGCUUUACAGAAACUUGUUGAUCAGAUCACAGACACAGAACAACAACACCCGGACUCGGUUUUAAUCAUUCUCGGGGACUUUAAUAAAGCCAAUCUCUCCCGUGAACUGCUAAAAUACAAACAGCACAUCACAUGUCCCACCAGAGACAGCAAUGUAUUGGAUCACUGUUACACAGCAAUAAAAGAUGCAUAUCACUCUGUCCCACGGGCAGCUAUGGGGCUCUCUGACCACUGCCUGGUUCAUCUUAUACCAACCUACAGGCAAAAACUUAAAUCUGCUAAACCUGUAUUAAAGACUGUAAAGAGAUGGACCAACGAAACAGAGUGGGUUUUUACAAGCCUGUUUCGACUGCACUGAUUGGAGCGUUUUUGAAGCUGCUACCACCGAUCUGGAUGAGCUCACAGAGAUUGUAAGAUUCUAUAUUAGUUUCUGUGAGGAUAUAUGCAUUCCUACCAGGACUUAUUUAACAUUCAACAAUGAUAAGCCAUGGUUUACAGCAAAACUCUGACAUCUUCGUCAGGCCAAAGAGGAUGCCUACAGAAAUGGGGACAGAGUCUUGUACAAUCAGGCCAGGAACACACUGAAUAAAGAGAUUAGAGUGGCUAAAAGGACCUACACUAAAAAGUUGGAAGAUCAGUUCACUUCCAAUGACUCUGCUUCAGUGUGGAAAGGUCUGAAAGCCAUCACCAACUACAAGACACCAUCCCCCAGCACUGAGGUGAAUCAACAACUUGCUGAUAACCUGAAUGAGUUUUAUUGUAGAUUUGAAACCCCCCACACCCAUCCUGACCAUCUCUCUGCACAACCGCUAAGACCUCCUGUAUCCCCCCUCUCCCCCACACCUGCACUCCAGAUCAGUGAAGAAGACGUGUGCCAGGUCUUCAGAAAGAACAAGAGAAGGAAGGCACCAGGCCCAGACGGUGUGACACCAGCCUGCUUGAAAACCUGUGCUGACUAGCUGGCCCCAUCUUCACACAGAUCU